AUGUGCUUAUUGCAGACGAGUCUCUAUUAUCAACAUUUAUCUACGUCGCUAUUUCUCCACGCACUGACGCAAAAGCUCCAUGCAGCUACUUUGGCAAGAUUGCACAAACAAGAGCUUGUAAAAGCUGCAGAAUUCAUUGAUACGGGUCUUGUCUACACAUUUGGUAAAUAUGAGUAUCGGCUGGGAUAUCAUUUACCAAAUGCUGAUGUACAAGUUACUCCUCGGCUUGUUGAUCUCCCCACUAGCUCGCCAAUAGUUCAAGUAAGUGCUAGUAAGUACCACACCAUUGCGCUAAGUGCAGCAGGAGAGUGCUUUGUGUGGGGUUUUGGCAAAGGCGGUCGGCUAGGCCUUGGAGACGAAUAUGACCGUAUCAAGCCUGCACGAGUAACGUCGCUGAAAAUGUCGCCAAUAAAUAAGCUGGGACAUCCAAAGAAGUCUAGCUCUUUGCAAAGCCGCUUUGCGCCUAAGCGUGUAAAUGCGUUUCGGCUUCGUGUGGCUACUGACAUUGCAGCAUCUGGAUGUCAUUCUGCGGCUAUUGCUGCGGACGACGGCGCUGUGUACACCUGGGGUAGCAAUCGUCGAGGUCAAAUGGGACGCAAAGAAGGCUGUGGCACGGAUUAA